AUCGUCAGCACCUGAGAACAUCGAGUACAACAGGACUUUGUAUCGCUCUGAAGGCCUCACCCAUGAGCACCAUCUUGGCCCGGAGGUCAUGCACAAGUACGGUAUCUCCAACAACGGCCCCUCGGAGAUCUUGGAGACGGAGUUAGUCAUCCUCUGGCCCACCAAGACACUGAAUGACAACUACCUGUUAUAUCUACUAGAACAGCCCCACGUCACUGGUCCCAUCAAGUGCACCCAUGUUCCCUCUGUCAACCCCCUCAAUCUUGUGCUGACAGAAAAGGAGAUGAACGUUGAACUAUUGAAGCUUCGGGGUGAGAAGAAGGAGGUGCGGGGGUCUCAGACAAGGGAGAGCUACUCAGGAGGGGUGACGAGUUCAGGGGAAGGUGCUGUUACUGCUACUGGUGGGGGAGGAGGAGGAGAAGGGUCACUAUACUAUGAGGAAUCAUCAGGCUCAACAUAUUACUCUACUGAUGGUGGCAACUCAUCACACUCUUCCUCCUCUUCUUCUUCCUCAUCAUCUACAUCAUACACCCAUUCCUCCUCUUCCUCUUCUUCUUCCUCCUCCUCAGGUAGAAAAAGAUACAGUUCCUCUUCAGAUUCCUCCAGUUAUUCCUCGGGAGAAAAUGAUCUCGCCAAGAGAGAUAAAAGACAGGCUGAUGGACCAAUCAACUGGGACACUGAGUCGACUGACUGUGGGCCAACAAAGUGCACGAGGAUCCACUGUGUCGUCGGACCAUUAGUGGAGAAUGACAUCUUCUACAUAUACGUCCGCUCGAGGCUCAUGGUCUCCACCCUAGCUGAGGACCCAUUGUACCCAUAUGAAGACAUCAGCAUUACCAGUCGGAUGGUGGCUAGGGUGAAGUCCUUACCUCAUGGUGUCAACCCCGAGUACCUUGCCGUCCAGGCACAUGAUGUGAUGACCCCAGUUUCCCCGGCCAAGUCCCUGGACGUGGCCCCACAAGUCCCCUGGUGGGUCAUCGUCCUCGCCACCCUCGCCGGCAUCCUCAUCCUCCUUAUCAUCAUCCUCAUCCUCUGGAAGCUUGGUUUCUUCAAGCGGAGGCGACCAAAGUGUGCCUCUGCCUAAAAAUUUUUCACUAUUACAACCUCUUCUUCUGUUGCUCAUUUCACAUGUGGCUACUUCAAGCGUCACCGUCCGGAACAACAGGCCAGGAAUGGUGAAGACGCUCAGCCACUCAACCCAACCAGACCCAACAACCACAACGGUGUUAAUGGCCACAACAACAACCCUUACAACCGUCCUUACUAUCCUGGAGACGAAGCUUUAUGAUUCACUCUUAUGGCAGUUGUAGAA